UUUUAUUUUAUAAAAAAAUUGAGUGCAUUCGGAUCAAAAUUCCAUAUAUUUAUAAUUUCAGAUUAAUGGAAGGGAAAAAUUAAUUGUUGGAAUGGAAUGACCCCAUUGAUUUGUGGCUCCGGCUCUGUCACUCAUAUCAAAAAGCCGUAGGAAAGCUGACCCUCAACAUUAUCUUAGCUAUGUAGGCAUUUCAACGAACACCUUACCUUUACAUGAGUUGUCGGGUGGAUAUAUUGACUCCAUUAGCUCCACCACGGCUGUGCCACUAUGAUCAAUGUUAAUGAUCUUUGUAGCAUAGUGAUCUUAAAGUAUUUAUUCUUAAUCUGAGUUCCCAAGCUCUAGGCUCCCUUCGAUGUUGUUCCAAAUUUAUAAAGUUUCGAACUCCGCGUCUGGAAUGGCUGUGCAUGAUGAUUGUAAGCUCAAGUUCUUGGAACUGAAAGCGAAGAGGAACCACCGAUUCAUUGUGUUCAAGAUUGAGGAGAAGAUACAACAGGUGAUUGUAGAGAAGCUUGGAGGUCCUGAUGAAAGCUACGAGGACUUCACUAACUCCAUACCUGCUGAUGAGUGCCGCUAUGCUGUCUAUGAUUUCGAUUUCACAACCGAUGAGAACUGCCAGAAAAGCAAAAUCUUCUUCAUUGCAUGGUCGCCUGAUACGUCGAGGGUGAGAAGUAAGAUGCUUUAUGCAAGCUCCAAGGACAGAUUCAAGAGGGAAUUGGAUGGCAUUCAAGUGGAGUUGCAGGCAACAGAUCCUAGUGAGAUGAGUUUGGAUAUCAUAAAAGGCCGAGCACUCUAAAUCCUCAUGUAGAGAAUUCAUUUAUCCCUCACUGUCUUUAUGUCACAUGAUGAUCAUCAAAUUAAAUUUUCUCAGUUAAUUGUGACUGUGAGUGAGCUAUUUUAUACUGAUUACUUGCUUUUCAGAUCAGCUGUGGAUUCAAAUCUAAAAUAUUCGUUUGCUA